GGCAGAAUAUUAAGUCUUUUUCCUCCUUGUCCUGUUUCUCUAUUGUCGUACUCCUCUCAUCUCUUUCUUUCCCCUUCUCCACAUAAAUUACAAACUCAUCAUUUCAUUUUUAUUAUUACUACUAAUUAAUCAACCAUUCUUUCUUCAAUCAUGACUUGUUCUCAAGAACAAAAGGUUACUACUAUGAUACUAAAAGUUGAUCUUGAUUGUUGUCAAUGCUAUAAAAAAGUCAAGAAACUCCUCUGCAAAUUCCCUCAAAUACGAAAUCAAGUAUUUGAUGAAAAGAAUAAUACGGUGAUCAUCACCGUUGUUUGCUGUAGUCCGGAGAAGAUCAGAGAUAAACUCUGUUGUAAAGGUGGAAAAUCCAUUAAAAGCAUUGAGAUCGUUAAGCCCAAGCCCCCUUCUGAGCCCAUUAACCCGCCCAAACCCACUCCUGCUCCACAACCUGCCCCUGCCUCACAACCCAAGCCCAAUCCAGCUCCUCAACCAGGCCCGCCCCCACAACCCAAGCCCACUCCAGCUCCAGCUCCUAAGCCAGCUGAACCAGCACCAAAACCAGCCGAGCCAGCUCCCAAGCCAGCUCCUAAGCCAUCUGAACCAGCACCAAAACCAGCCGAGCCAGCUCCUAAGCCAUCUGAACCAGCACCAAAACCGGCCGAGCCAGCUCCCAAGCCAGCUCCUAAGCCAGCUGAACCCAAGCCAGCUCCAGCUCCGGCUCCGGCUCCAAAGCCGCCGCAAGAUCCACCUGUUCAAUGCGUGCCAAUUUGCCCACCACCACCACCUCCUCUAAGCAUAUGUUGUGUUCCAUGUUAUGAAGGAAGACCCGGUGGACCAUGCUGGCCCGCACCCAGACCCGUGUACCCAUGUGGACCAUGCUAUGAGCCAAUAACCGGACCCGUAUACCCGUGUGGCCCAUAUCAACCCGGAUACUGUAUUACUAGGUGUGAUUAUACCUAUUGCAGUGAUGAAAAUCCUUCUGCAUGUUCUAUCAUGUGAGUUGUGUUUCUGGCUGCCUAAAUUUUCUCAUCUCUUAUUACGUACUUAAAUAUCCCGCAAUAGAAAAUUUUGAAUCAGCCUAGUGAUUAUAAUUUUCUUUUAAUAGUUGCGGGUUUUUUACAUUUCUCAUGAUAAGACUAUAAUUCUUAGUUUUUACUGCCUAUACGAAUAAUUAAUUUGUUGUUUAUUGGUGGACAUGUGAAUUGCACAUGAUAGAUGGAGUAAAUUUAUAGGCUAUUUUAGUGUUGAUAAUACAGAAUAUUUGACUUGUAAUUUGUAUACAUAUGUCAUUUAUCAAUUGAAGUUGGAAAAACUUGUAAUAAUAAUGAUAAUAUCAACAAAUAUAUUGUGUUUUUAUUACUCAUUGGUAA